AUGCCGUCGAACAUCCAGGUUUUUGUGAAAUGGAAAGAUCAGACAAUCUUCGCAGGAGAGAACGUGGAAUGCACAAUCACCUUUAAGAAUGUUGCAGACUCUGCUUCCGAAGCAGGUCAAGGGGGUGAAGGUGGUCAGCAUCAACGGAAGCUCUCUCGUGUCGCGAACCACACGAGUAACUCCGGCUCCGACUCGUUCUUCUCGUUGAAAUCACCCCAGGGUCUCUUUUCGGGGAGGAGAUCAUAUUCUAUCAGCUCCCAGAGGAAACCCUUCCACCGGACCGCCUCGUCAUUGAGCUCCCCGCUCGUCUCCUCGCAUAGCUUCCCGCCGACCAGCGGCCCCUCCACCCCUCGAAGUUGGCAACCCGGCCACAGUCAUAAGCGAUCAGUAUCAAUUCUGUCGAUUGAAAGCGAAGGAUAUCCUGAAAAGACACCGCCGCCGCAGAGCUAUGGCCGAACUCGACCGACUAGGGGUCAUGGACGCUCAGCAAGUCUACAGGUUGCCCCUAGGAGGAAUGACAGCUAUGACGAUACAUAUCGCAAGGUGUCGAGAGCUCCCAUACGCGGUCCUCCCCUCGCAGAAUCCCCGAACGAGUCCGCACCGUCCGCACCAGGUAACUUGAAAGUCGAUACUUCGCACCUUGGACGAGCAAGCCGGCGUGGCUCUCUUGCUACAAGCCCCGUUGCCACAAUGGAGCCAUUACGGGCCCCACCGCGAAGGACGCAGCUACCAGCUUUCGACUUCAAGUUCCUCUCCCGCCCCUCCUACCACCGAUCCAAAUACCAACCGCCCUGCCCUCUCCCCUUCUCCAAAGUCGUCCGAAAGAUUCCCUUCUCCCGGAAAGCCGACAUCAAAAGACUUGACCGCAUUGACAGCGCCGUCGCAUCAGCAGGUUACGCGAAUAAUCUCGGCUACAAGCGUGAAUGGAAGCAGCAGGAGUACCAGGCGCUACUCAUGGGCUAUGCACAGAUCAGCGCAUCGUUUACAGUGGAUGGGUCUUUGGUGAACCAGUCAGUUUUCGACGAGGUCAAACGGAAAGGUGUUGUUGGUGGUCAAGCAGGCACAGGCGGGGUGCCUGGACGGCCGAGUUCGGCGAGUGGAGAUCGGUCACGCAAAGGUGGCGGUUUCUGGGGAGCUCUUAAGUGGAACGCGAUUGAAGAGUCUAUCAAUGGACUCCUGUCGAACAAUGAGCUUGAUGGCCUGCGGGAAAUGCGCGGUGUUGCUUCGUCACGAUCUAUUCCGUUACUGUCGACCCCGCAGUCGCUUCUUUUCGUCGACCUACGAUUGGCUCCCGGUGAAGAGCAGUCGUUUUCAUUCUCUUUCGCUCUUCCCAAGGGACUCCCGGCGAGUCACAAGGGCAAGGCGAUCAAGAUUGCUUAUAAUCUGGUCAUUGGUACUCAACGGCCCAGUGGUCCUAACGAGGCUCAACGGGUGAAUCGCAUUAAUAUUCCAUUCCGCGUUUAUAGCGGCGUUAACAACAAUGGAGACGUCCUUGGCCAUGACCUGAUGUCACCGUAUGUGAUCUUGCGUGACGAAGCCAAGGUGCAAAAACUUGGACCAACAACACCCGUGACCCUCAAAAACCAAAGCAUCAGUGGACCGUGGCAUUCCGCUGGAGAAUUUCUUUCCUAUGUGGACGAAAUUCUUGAGCAGCGUGCGCGCUCAAAUUCGCUCUUCCCACCAGGGGCGCUGUCAGAGAGACGGUCAAGUUAUGAUGGCCCUCCUCCACAUGCCCUGUCUUGCAAGGAUAUAAUUGAUUUUGCCAUCCUCCGAAGCAAUCAGGCUGUACAGUCCCGACGCAGUCCCAACCGAUUCGAGAUUGCUCGUGACGGGAAACGGAUCGCCGUGGUUGUGCUCAAUCGCCCUGUCCACAGACUGGGUGAGACCGUCAUUGCCACCGUUGACUUCGGCGAUGCUGCUAUCCCAAGCUAUGCUGUGCGAGCAUCACUCGAGACCUCGGAGAAAGUAAUGCCUACAAUUGCGGUCCGGUCAACUGCAAGCAUUCACCGAACCACUCGCCGCAUCCAUGCAUCUCUAUUUGAGAACACUCUGUACGCGACUAGGGUUGUGUUCAGUCCGGCGAUUCCCAUUUCCGCCACACCCACGAUCCUAACUAGCGGCGUGACUCUGGACUGGGAUUUGCGAUUUGAGUUUGUCACGCCAAAAUCAAACGGCGAGCCCGGUCAUGGGCCGUCCGGUACUCAAUUGCUCGAGAUGACAUCCUCUGAUGAUCGUGGCAAAGUUUUGUCUGCGAUGGAGCAUUUGGGUUGUGAAUCGUUUGAGAUUUCCAUUCCCUUGACGGUAUAUGGUGAGACUGUACGUGAGCAAUUGCCGGAAGAGAACGUGGGGUAUACUAUCUAG